CUACAAAUAAGCAGGAUGCUGGCGCCCCCCCCAUUUUUUCUCCUUUCGGAAGACGACAAAUUUGAAAUGCCUGAGCCAGCGAAGUCCGCCCCGGCCCCGAAGAAAGGCUCCAAGAAGGCGGUGACCAAGGCGCAGAAGAAGGACGGCAAGAAGCGCAAGCGCAGCCGCAAGGAGAGCUACUCGGUGUACGUGUACAAGGUGCUGAAGCAGGUGCACCCCGACACCGGCAUCUCGUCCAAGGCCAUGGGCAUCAUGAACUCGUUCGUCAACGACAUCUUCGAGCGCAUCGCGGGCGAGGCGUCGCGCCUGGCGCAUUACAACAAGCGCUCGACCAUCACGUCCCGGGAGAUCCAGACGGCCGUGCGCCUGCUGCUGCCCGGGGAGCUGGCCAAGCACGCCGUGUCCGAGGGCACCAAGGCCGUCACCAAGUACACCAGCUCCAAGUGAGUGCUGGGAGACACGAUCCAACCCAAAGGCUCUUUUCAGAGCCACA